AAAAAAAAAGAAUAUUUACCCGUUAUUUGCAUAUCCUGUCCACUACCUCUGCCACUGCCAAGCCUAAAACCCAUUACACACCCAAACCCCCAAAACAGAGCAGAGAAAGAUGAACACCGCCGAAGAAAAUGGCAAAACCAGCACAAGAAUAAUCCAAGUCCGUUUCAUAACUAACUUACCCGAACCAUUCAAACUUUCAAACCCACCAACUAUCUCCAUUCCUUCCGAUCUCACCAGAUUCGGCCUCUCAUCUAUUGUUAACGGCCUUCUCAAAUCCAACGAUGAAGAUUAUGAAACCGAAGCUUUUGAUUUUUUGAUUGAUGGCGAGUUUGUUCGUAUGUCGCUUGAGCAGUUUCUUCUCGCGAAGGGAAUCUCCGCGGAAAGGAUAUUGGAAAUUGAGUACACAAGGGCUGUAGCCCCACGAAAGGAAGAAGACCCUUCUUUACAUGAUGACUGGGUCAGUGCUGUUGAUGGUUCUUCUUCUCGGUUUAUUUUGACAGGAUGUUAUGAUGGUUUUGGAAGGGUCUGGAAAGGUCCCGGAUUAUGUACACAUAUAUUGGAGGGACAUAGCGACGGUGUAACUGCUGUUAGUGUUUUUAAUCCGGAAGGUGUGGAAACUGUAACUUUAGCAACUGCUUCUAAAGACCGGACACUAAGGCUAUGGAAGAUCAAUACCGAGGAGGAGGCUACCGACCAUCCUUUGAGGGUUAGAGCUUACAAAAUCUUGCGUGGUCACAAGUCUUCUGUACAAAGUGUUGCAGCACAGACUAAUGGAGAAAUGGUUUGUUCCGGUUCUUGGGAUUGCACCAUCAACCUUUGGCGAAUCAAUGACACUAAUGCAGAAAAUGAUUUUGUGUCUAAGAAGAGAAAAGUUGAAGGUCAAGUUGAGGACUCUCAAUUGGAGGGAGAAGCUUUUACAACCCUUGUUGGCCAUACACAGUGUGUGUCUUCUGUGAUUUGGCCACAAAGAGGGUCAAUCUAUUCUGCAUCUUGGGAUCAUUCUAUUAGGAAAUGGGAUGUUGAGAAAGGAAAAAAUGUGUCAGACAUAUUUUGCGGGAAGGCUCUUAACUGCCUUGACAUCGGAGGGGAUGGUUCUGCAUUGAUAGCUGCCGGUGGUUCUGACAAUGUCGUUAGGAUUUGGGAUCCUCGUAAGCCAGGCACUUCUGCUCCUGUUCUUCAGUUUGCUUCUCACACUUCUUGGGUAUCAAGCUGCAAAUGGCAUGAUAAUUCUCCGUUUCAUUUACUGUCUGCAUCUUAUGAUGGGAAAGUUAUGUUAUGGGAUCUGAGAACUGCGUGGUCUCUUUCAGUCAUUGAAUCACACAGUGACAAGGUAUUGUGUGCUGACUGGUGGAAAGGUGAUAGUGUUAUCAGUGGUGGAGCAGAUUCAAAACUUUGCAUUUCUUCAAAUAUUCCGGUGCAGUGACGUAAACUUUGAUCUCUCAUACAUGGAACUGUUUGAGUUUGAAGCCAAUUUUGUGAGGCAGAACUACUGCUAGUGUUUUAUCCUAUAUAACACAUACACUUCAUAUUGAGGGCGUGUUCAGCGUAAGACAUGUGAUCAAUUGUAAACAACAUUCUUACUUUGUCACGUCAAAAAUAGAAGUCCGUGUUUCUAC